AGUCUAGGUUUAGUCUUGCAUUGUUGUUGUUAGUCUUCCUCUUCGAAAUUCUUUUGCUUCAUGUAAAAAAAAUUUUUGUUAAUUAUACUUUUUCUAAUCUUCUGUCACUUCAUUAAUUACUUGAUAACAAUUUUGAAUUUUUUUUAUAAAAUAAAAUUAUAUAAUAAUUGCAUUUUGGACAGUACGCGCGCACGCAAAUAGAUAAAGAUUUUCGUUUAAAUAAAAUUAUGAAUACAAUUCAAUCUUCAAAUGAUAUGGACAAAUUCAAAGAAAUUGGCAGAAGGAAUGCAGUUCCAAUUAUUUACGUGAGAGGAACGCAUUAUGAAAUCGGUUUUGACAUAGGGCGCACAUUUGCCAAGCUUAUUCAUGAUUACGUGGAAAACUAUUGUCCUUUAAACGACACAUAUUUACCUUUAUAUGAAAGUAUAGAUGGGAAAAAAGUUUAUGAUGAAACUUUGGCAUGUGUUGAAGAACAAUUUCCUCAUUAUAUCAAGGAAAUAGAAGGAACUGCAAAUGGCGCUCAAGUGCCAUUUUAUAAGCUAUUUUUAAUGCAUCUGGAUGAUAUUCUGCCAAAUGUGGUGGAAGGCAAACAGGGAGUUAAAGAACCUGUAGGCUGUUCUUCAAUAAUUUGCAAUCAACCUGGACAGGAGAUUUUAGGCCACAAUGAGGAUGCUUUGAGUGAAACACUAAAUCAUUGGUAUUUAGUGGAUGCUCACAUUAUUGAAUCUGGUUUCAAGGAAGAGAAAUUUACUUCUCUUAGUUAUGCUGGAUUUUUACCAGGCUACACAAUGGGUUACAAUCAUCAUGGUCUCGUAUAUAGUAUCAAUACUCUUAGUGCAAAAACCCUUAGAUCAGGCAAAACUCCUCGUUAUUUUAUAUCUCGAUCUCUUCUUGGAGUUGAAAAUUUCGUUCAAGCGCAACAAACUUUAAGAAAUUAUGGUUACGGUGCAGCCGAAGGGUUUUCAGUGAAUAUGACCUUUCUUCUUCAAGAAGGGGAUAGGAUGUUUCAUAAUGCCGAAGUUGGACCUGUCGAAAGUGGUGCUGAUUCAGUACAAUCACAACUUUCCAUAUUAACAGCUAGUCCUGGGGAAACUAUUUAUCAUUGCAACAAGUAUAUGCGACUAAAAGUACCCGAAGUUGAAGGCGUGAUAAUAGACAGCAGUAUACAUAGAAUGGCAGCAAUACAAAAACACUCUCCACCAAAAAAUUAUCAAGACGUCAUUAAUAUCUUGAGUGAUCAAACAGAUAAUGAAUAUAGAGUAUUUCAAGAAUUUGGACCACAAGAUUAUGUUAAAACUAUUGCCGUUGGAAUCUUCAACUGUAUUGAGAAGACAUGGUCCAUUUACACAGAUAAACCAAGUUGCAAUGAGCCUAUAUUAGUUAUGCAGCUUCAGCUGAAUAAGAAAAAAAGUAUAAUAAGCGACGACUAGCACACAAUAAUAAUAUAAAGGAGACAUUAUUUUUAAUAUUCAUAUAGUGCGAAAAGUCCUUUAACGUAUAUAUUAUUGCAAUUUAAUUUAAUAAUAAAUACAUUUCAAAUACAUUAUGUGUGUGUGUAUAUGUAGAAAAAAAGUUGUAUGGCUAUUAGAAAAAAUAAAAAUUACACUAAAGUAUUAUAAUUAAGAAAAUUGUUCUCUCUUUUAUUAUUGCUACCACUGCGUGCAAUUGAGAUUGAGAUUGUCAUUUUUUUUUUUUUUUUAAAUAUUUCGAUCAAAAAAAGAUUUAAGAAAUAUAUUGCAAGGAGAAAAUUUAAAAA